AAUUAUAUCAAGAUCUUCUGUAGUAUAUAAAAGACAACAUACCCUGUCUUUGUUUAUAAUUUUUUUUUAAAUACAUCAUCUGCACGCUAUAAUUUUCUAUACGAACAGGAGUUCUUCAAACAUGUUUCAAUUUUCAGUUAUCUUUUUGAUAUCUAUAUCUGUGACUUUUGGUGAAAAUGGAGUGACCAAUAAGGACAAACGACAAUCACAACCGUAUGCUGUUGAAUCUUUUUCAUCUCUGCCCUUGCCUUCCUCAACUAUAGUCCCAAAUAACAACCCUAGAAUCCCAUCUAAUAACAAUAAUUAUAUACCUGUUUGUGCAGCACAAAUUCCAGCACCAUAUUCUUUUUAUCCUUCUAAUUAUAAUGCUGACACAUAUAUUCCUCAAUAUCCUACACCACAAACACAAUUCCCUUCUUAUCAACUUCAGUAUCCAAUAUACCCACCACAAUACCCUACUUACCCAUCUCAGUAUACUACAUAUACAAAUCAAUAUCCUACAUAUCCCUCACAAUAUCCUUCUUAUCAGCCACAGUACUCUGGACCAAUCCCGUAUACAUACAGUUAUUUCAAUGGACAAUUAGGCAGUACAGUCAAUCCACUACCAAAUAGUAACAUCGCAAUUUCAUCAACCAAAAAAUGAAUCUUCCAAUUAAUAUUUGAUUCAAUUAUAAGUACUAACAAUAUUUUAUUUAAAUAAACAUUUUUGAGAAAUAACAUUUAAAAAUAAAACAAUAUCUUCAAAUCAGAUGUCAAAAUUUG